CCGCCCACCAUCCCUCCCUCACUGCGCAGGCGCACAGCACCUAUCGGUCCGGCGUGUGUGUGUGGUGGGGGAAGAGUUGGUGGCCAUCACUGCGCAUGUGCAGCAGCUCUCCGAUCUCACACACACACACAUACAGCAACGGCGGUAGCAGUAUCGGCAACGACAGGAAGGACGGAGCUGUGCCUGAGCAGUUUUCAGAACUCAUGUUAAGAGCGGAUAUCUUUUGAAGCGAUCGCCCGUAGAUUUGGUGGAAAAGGUAUGACUUUUUGGCUGCAGUUAUUCCAUGAUGACCACUUCUGGGCAGAAAUCUCCGAACAGUGGAUGGGGUGUACUUGAGUCCCACUGGUUUCUGACAGUUUUCAGCUGAUGGCACUACUGGACAUCUUUCGAUUUCAAAGGGAAGUUUGCUAGGAUGGGUAAUCUACUUAAGGUGCUAACCAGGGAAAUUGAAAAUUAUCCACAUUUUUUCCUGGAUUUUGAAAAUGCUCAGCCAACGGAUUGUGAAAGGGAAGUAUGGAACCAAGUCAACGCCGUGUUGCAGGAUUCUGAGAGUAUUCUUUCAGACCUGCAAGCUUACAAGGGAGCCGGACAAGAGAUAAGAGAUGCCAUACAAAAUCCAAAUGAUAUCCAUCUUCAGGAAAAAGCAUGGAAUUCUGUCUGCCCUUUGGUUGUCCGGCUGAAACGAUUUUAUGAGUUUUCUCUAAGACUGGAAAAGGCCUUGCAGAGCUUACUGGAGUCUCUCACCUGUCCUCCUUACACCCCUACACAACACCUGGAGCGAGAGCAGGCCCUAGCUAAGGAGUUUGCGGAAAUCCUGCACUUUACGCUUCGCUUUGAUGAACUUAAGAUGAGAAAUCCAGCCAUCCAGAACGAUUUCAGUUACUACAGGCGGACGAUAAGUCGUAAUAGGAUAAACAACAUGCAUCUAGACAUUGAAAAUGAAGUAAACAACGAGAUGGCUAACCGGAUGUCCUUGUUCUAUGCUGAAGCCACACCGAUGCUGAAGACGCUAAGCAACGCCACCACCAGCUUCGUGUCUGAUAACAAAACGUUACCCAUAGAGAACACAACAGAUUGUUUAAGUACGAUGGCAAGCGUCUGUAAAGUAAUGCUUGAAACACCGGAAUACAGGAGCCGCUUCACCAGCGAAGACACCCUCCUCUUCUGUAUGAGAGUUAUGGUCGGCGUUAUAAUUCUUUAUGAUCACGUACACCCAGUAGGAGCAUUCUGCAAGACCUCGAAGAUUGAUAUGAAAGGGUGUAUAAAGGUUUUGAGAGAGCAACCCCCCGACUCUGUGGACGGCCUUUUAAAUGCACUCAGGUUUACUACAAAGCACCUGAAUGAUGAAUCUACUUCGAAACAGAUUCGAGCUAUGCUUCAGUAAAGUCCUGCUCCUGAAGAGGAUUCUUUUACUGACCUCAGAAGAUGUAUAUGUUUACAUAAUUUAAUACAGAUUGAUGUUAAUACUUAUGUGUAUUUACAUAGCCAUUACCUUCUUGUCACUGAAACUUAGACUUGUAUACUUGUCUUUAACCCUUCGGGUACCGGGGUGCUUGACUUUCUUAGGCUACAAGGUCGCUUCAGUCCCCCGAAGGAUAAUUUAAUCUUAGCACAACCUCAGAUUGACACUUAUUCUUUUGACUUGCAAAUUGAACAAAUGUUUUUGGUUUUUUUCUUUUUACCAAAGUGCUUAAACCAGACUUUCAAAUUGUGUGAGUUGAUUGGUUGUGUCUGCUAUCGUGUUUUACUCGUCAGUUUGUCCGAUAUUAGGCACUGUUAUUUUUAUUAUUAUAUUUGUUACAUCUACAAUUUCAGGUCAGAGGCAUUAAGUCUUUUUGUUUGCUGAGGCCAGUUACACUUGGAUCAGCUAUUAGGAACUCUAAUCUACGUGCACUGGAGACAUUCGAUGUCUGUGUUCACCUCCCAUUAUAGAAAUAUUGGCUUUUUUUUAGGUUCUAUUUAUAUGCUAGUUUUUUUUUAUUUUUAGGUAUUCUAAAUUUAGUUAUUCUAAUUUUUUUGUUUUUUUGUUAUUCUUUAAUGGCCAGUUUCAGUGUAAAGGUUGACUGACUUUUGUGGAUCAGUGCUGCUAACAGAUGUCUGCUUGUAUGAGAUAUUAUUGUACUCCGUUCAGAGCAUGAAUUAAUAUAAGUAUAAAGAGAGAAUCACAGAUCUUAUAUAUACUCUAUAUAUAAAGUCCCAUUACAAUUUUACAAUACCUUAUCGCUACUCCGUUGCAGUACCAAAUAAACUGAAUUGUAAUAGUC